CUGGCUACUUGGAGCGUGGCUGUUUGGUGUACGAGCAGUAGCAGCAAGUAGCCAGAAGCUACCCGGAAAAAUUUUCCUGCCCAUCACAGUCCGCUCACGGAAGACUCGCACCUUCAAUUUGCUCUUCCGUCAUUGGCUAGAAUAGUCUCUAAUCUCUUUGCUUACUUGUCCUUCACAACUAGUCGCCAUCUUGUUUUAGUAAGACGCUGACGCAGGGUGCCAACUUUAGUGGACCCUCAUCCGUUCCGUAAAUUCCGUAUCAAGUAUAGCACUGUGAAAGUGUGAAGCACACGGCAAAGAGUGCUUUCCAUUCAACUUUUGCUCUAUAUUUUGCAGUAUUUGUUCAAUAAUUUGGGAAGCCUGAAUUUUUCUGAAGAUAAUGUAUUAUUGAGAUAAACGAGGAACUAGUAGUUUUUUGUGAUACUUUCCCUUUCUGGGUUCAUUUCGUAAAUUCAAUGGGUCACAGCUCAGAAUCGGGCGAAACAUCCGCCACAGACACAGGAGACAAUGUGGAUUACACUGAUGCUAAAGGGUAUGAUUCCAGUGCAUUUGUGAAGGUAGUAGUGUCAGACUCUGAAGAUGACUCAAGUCCUACAAAAAAACAGCACACUUGCCACUAUCCUGGGUGCAACAAAGAGUUCAGUAGGCCAUGGCGCCUGGCUGCCCACCUGUCUACACAUACUGGGGAGCUUCCAUACAAAUGCAGUUUUGAUGGUUGUGACAAAGCAUACACUACUAACAGCCAUCUCAGGAGGCACAUAGCGAACACCCAUCAGCGCAAAGAACUAGAAAUUUUGUUCAGAUGCCCAUUCCCAGGAUGUGAGGCUAAGAUGAAAAGCCAAUGGAACAUAAACAAGCAUUUCAAGUCAAAACAUGAACCAAAAGCUUUUAAAUGCACUGUGUGUGUGGAGAGUUUCCGGAAGCACAGUCAGCUUAAAGCACAUAUGUAUGAGCACACUGGUGUGCCACCUAUUCAAUGCACGAUAUGUAAUGCAGGAUUUCUGAAAAUUGGGGAUCUCAACAGGCACAUGCGAUGUCAUAAACAACACACAUGUUCCAAUGGUGAAUGUAGGCAGGUUUUUGAAACAUGGACACAGCUUCGAAAACAUGUGGCACUUGAGCACCCAAAAGAAUACGUCUGUGAUCAUUGUGGAAGAGUAUUCUACAAUAAGACACGCCUCCGUUCACAUGUGAUGGUACAUCAAGAUCCAAGUGAACGUGAAGUGAUCUAUUGCCCUUACAACAAUUGUGGCAGGUACUAUUUUGAAAAGAAGAACCUGGACCACCAUAUCCACGCAUGUCAUGAUAAGAAGAAUUAUCCGUGCUUGCAUCCUGGCUGUGGAAGACAACUAAGUAGUCAGACUACUCUGCGGGCUCACCUUAAGCUGCACAAUCCAAAAGGACCAAUGCCAACCAAACGGAAAAGGCCACGAAAGAAACGUUGUGAUGUAGGUCGCCAUAAGAGAUCGAUGGCUGUGAAGCUCUCUGGUCUUCGCUUAGAAUUUUCUGAGGAAAGGGACCUGGUGGAGGGAAGACUAUUAACAUGCGAGCUUAAUGCUCCAGCUACCUCCGAUAACAUUCCUACCUGCAAUAGUUAAAGAUUUAUUUUCUACCUGUAGAGGUCUGAUUAACAUUAGUGAUAAUGAAUCUUGGAACUGUAUUGUCAUUCAAGUAGUGUAUAGCUCCCGUAUUUACAAAUGUUUGUAACAUCGUGAAAUAAGGAAGUAAAGUAAUCGUACCUUA